AUGUCUCGGGAAGGUGAGCUGGAUGUGCUGGAUGUGUGUAUGGGUGUUCAAAAUCCCACUCUUAUAUCGGCCAACAACUCCCACCCACACACCCCAACCCUCCUCCAUCCCAUACAAGUUGAAACAAGUCCAAACAACCCCAUCCCACCUGAAGCCCUCUCCCCCCUCCUCCUCACACCAAAAAAACCCAUAAAACCUCACACAACGAGAAAAUCACACCAAAGGUCACCCCCCCCUUCUCCCCCGCCUCCAUCCCCCCACCAAACCAACACCCCGCCCCAGCCUCAAAACCACUAUAAAACGCCCUCCUUCGACGACAUAUACCAACCCAAGGAGCCUGCGAAUUCCGUCGGAAAAUUCCAGGGGUGUAUGCCCCAAUUCGAGCAUGAUUUAUGGUGGUGGAGCCGAAGCGUGGUGGAGGGGUUGAUGUUUGACAGUGGAAAGAGGGUUUCGGGGGGUAUUGUUGUUGUUGUUUGGGUUAUGCUGUUGUUAAGGGGUUCUCGCCGGUAG